CUUUUGAACACACUCCUCUCCUUCUUACACUCACUCUCUCGCUCUCCGCAAAAUAGAAAAUAGAAAAGCCCUCUCUCUCUCUCUCUCUCAUGGAAGAAGAACCUCCCAAACCCACCUUCCUCUUUAUCUUGCUCCUCCUCCUCUUAUCCUACACCUUCCACCCCAUCUCCUCUCUCUCCACACCCCUCUCUCCCACUCCAUCUCCUUCCCCUCCAAAACCCAUCUCCACACCUCUCUCUCCCACCCCAUCUCCUUCCCCUCCAAAACCCAUCUCCGGCUCUCCUCCAAAACCCAUCUCUCAUUCCUCUCCAUCAACCCUCGAUCCAAAGCAGUUGACAGCCCUUCAAUCCCUCAACAUCCCCACCGCCAGAGAUCCCUGCCUCCAGCCCUCCCCCAACAACGCCACCCGCUGCGAUUCCUCGGCCCCUUUCCGCCACCUCGUCUCCCUCCACCUUUCCAACUGCUCCGAUGAUGUCGAAAUGUCUUCCACCGCCCUCAAAUCCCUCAACACCCUGCAAGAUCUCUCCUUCUUCAACUGCCCCAUCAACCCAAUUCAUCUCCCUUCUGAUCUCGCUGACAAUCUCCGCUCCUUCACCUGCAUUGCCAGCCUCCGCCAUCUCACCGGCGUCUGGCUCAGCCACCUCCGCAACGUCUCCGAUCUCUCCGUCUCUGACGUCACCGUUAACGCCAGCGGGCCUACCAUCAUCCUCUCCAACUUGAAGAAGCUCAGGUCCGUCACCAUCUCCCGCACCAACCUCACCGGCUUCCUCCCCAAGAAAUGGCAUCUCAACAUCAGCUACAUCGAUCUGUCCGGCAAUCAGCUCAAGGGGCACGUGCCCAUUUCGCUGACCUACCUUGAAAAUCUGGAAUUCUUGAACCUCAGCUCAAACCAGCUCUCGGGUUCGAUCCCGUCCAUGUUCGGUGACCUGAUUUCCCUCCGGAAUGUGUCACUCGCAUCGAAUUCGAUGGCGGGCCCAAUACCUGACUCGAUAUCUGCAAUGCCAGCUCUGGAGCACCUCGAUCUGAGCUCGAAUCAGUUCAACGGGACAGUCCCGAGGUUCCUGUCGGAGAUGAAGCAUUUGAAGUAUCUGAAUCUGGCGAACAACAACUUCCAGGGCGUGAUGCCUUUCAAUGGGAGUUUUAUAAAGAGGCUGGUGGUUUUCAAGGUGGGUGGGAAUACCAAUCUCUGUUACAACCACUCUACUCUCAGUCCAAAGCUCAAGCUUGGGAUAGCUCCAUGUGAUCGAGAUGGGUUGCCGGUGUCGCCUCCACCGGACCGAUCUUCAUCAGGUGAUUCAUCGACAGGCGGGAGUGAUGACAGUGGCGACAACAGCGACAAUGCAGAUGAUAAUAAGCCGAAGGAGCACCACCGGCAAGGCCCGAGUAAGAUUGUUCUUGGAGUGGCAAUUACACUUUCUUCCAUUGUGUUUCUUAUCAUUUUCCUUGUUCUUUUGUCAAAGUGGUGUCGAUGAUGAAGAAAUUGAAGUGGUUUUUUUGAGAAAUGAGUGGAAAUUGGAGGUGGGUUUUUCAUGGUUUGGGCUGAAAUUGAGGAGAAUUGAAUGAAACAACACCAGAAGUCAUGAACAGAGCUGUUUUGGGUUUUUUUUUUUUUUUUAAAUUUCUCUUUUGCCCUUGGAUUCUAUUUUUGGGAAGCAAGCUACUGAUGAUGGUUGGGAUGUAUGGGCAGAAAUGUAGUCUUGCUUGCAAGUUUCUUUUCUUUUCUAUUUUAUUUUUUCCCCAUGAUCCUGUUUUUGCUGCAGGUCACUGGAAUUGGUGGUCUAUUUGAGUGCAACUUUUUAUUUAAUUUAAUCUUGUAGUAUUAAUUAUAUGUGGAAUUAAUGUUAUAAUGAGAGUACGAGGCAUGAGAUUGUUGAUGGUA